AUGACCCAAAAUAACUACCCCAAGUUUUUAAAAGACCUAAUGAUGACAGUUAGGAAAAAAGUUGAACAAGUGAAGAAAACUUCAAGUGAGGUCUUAGAAACACAACAGCUGUAUUAUGAUGAAAUAUUAGAGAUAUACCGAGAGUCUUUAAAAGCAUUGAUUGAAAACACAGCGACAUAUUCCUCAAUAUUGAGUGAAAUUAAGCAAGCUUAUGACCACGCUAUUGAUAUAAGAGAUGAGCGGAUUUCACAAUUUAUUACACAAGACAAAGUAUUUGGAUUGUCAGCUAGAAAAAAGCAGAGAGACGACAAAAUAAAAAGUUUGUUGCAACAGAAUGAGGACCUUAGAGAGAGAAAUUUAAAAUUGACAUUUGAAUUAUCAAAAGUAAAGAAAGAUAUGGGCAAGUUGAAAGACGACAAAUUCUCAGAGUAUCUCACGUUAAUGCGCGAGAGAGAUGCACGAUACACGCUGUAUUUCGAGAACCUGGGGCUACAGAUGAAGCUGAAGGAAUUGGAUGGAAGUUCGUACCCUGUGGAUGAUGCGUAUGGCGACCCAGUGGUACUGAGAAUUGCUCUAGAUCGUUGCAGAGAACAAUUGUCAACAACGCAAAUAGAUUUAAAGAAGAGGACGGAAGAGUAUGCAGACACUGUGCCCAGAAGAGAGUACGAUAUAUUAACUGCUAAACACUACGACUCCACUAAACAGGUAGACGCUCUGAGCGUGGAAUUGCAAUCCCUUCAAGAUACGCAUAAGCGGGUACUCACUCUAAAGAAAGGUAUAGAAGAGGAGCUUAUUGAGACCAGAGAACGUUGUAGAGAACUGGAGCGCGCCGGCACACCACGUCCUCAGUGGGAACUGUGUGCAGAUUUCAUCGGCGGAGGCAGAGAUAGAUGGUGGCAGUUGGCCAGUGGAUUGUCUUCAAGGGAUAUGCUGAGAGUCCUGUUGAAAGAACUUGGACCGGCAGCGGAGAGUGAGCAGUUGGAGCACUUCGAUGGAUUUGGUACAGACCCGGUGAUCCCCCCGUACUUGCGGCACGAAGGUAAAGUGAGGAACCUGCGCUUGUCUCGGCGGGAAGUGAGCGUCAUCAUCAACGACAUCUGGCUGGGGAAGCUGGAGCACGGCCAGGACAUGUCCAUGCAGGAUUACGUCACCAAUUAUUUCGAGGACAGGUAUCAACAACCAUCCGUUCGUGCAGAAUGGGCGUACAAUUUGUGCGCAGGCGCUGAACAAAUGUUAGAUGAGCCGCAGGUGAAGUUGUUCUGGGGCGUACUGCACGGUCACCUCAGUGAGCGCAUCUACUGGGGACAUCGAGCGCAGUGGCAGAGUCUCAAGGAGUUGCUGUAUAAACACAGCAAGGAUGGAGAGACAAUUACUCUGGAAGAGUUUGAGAAAAUAGCAAAAGUAACUUUCCCACUGAAGAGCGAGGUGGACAUCAAAAACCUGAUGGACGUGGUGAGGAAGCAGCUCAAACUCAAGAUCACCAGCAACGAGAUCAACUUGGACAAGCUGUUUCAGGAGAACGAGGAGGGUUUCGAUCGAGUUGAGUUUGCUCGAGAGUUAUAUCGCCAACGCCAAUUGGCACAGGACAAAUACAUACGCGAGGUGGUGAACGAGUUGGGCGGGAAACAUGGCGCCAACAAGAUCGUCACAGUGGAAAACGUGAAACGAGCAUUUGCUAUCAUCGACCCCGCCAUUGAUCACAUCCGUAUGGAGCGGUACAUCCGCUGGGCAUUCUCCGACCAGACUUCGGAGCUGAGGAGCAUCUGCCCGCUGCCGCUGCGCACGGUGGCCACCCGCCUCGCUGCUGGUGACAUCGAGCGCGUCGGAGCACGAUAUCGACGCACUAAUAGGCGGACCAUUUAUAAAUAA